CUCAAAUCCAUUGAUACGUCUAAUCGACACCCGGGGGGGAUAUCGUUUUACAUUUUCCCGUUUUUUUUUCGGGGGGCGAUAAUCUUACAUUCAUCUUUCCUCCUCCCCGACCGAACAAAACCACUCGCCCCUCAUGUCUCCCUCCGAUAUGCUAUCGGAGUUGGUAACGCUCAUCGUUUCUCAUCUCAUUACCCCGAGUGAAACAGCAUCAACUGGCCAGCUUCAGACACCUGACAAAGUCGCCAUUUACGCAACGGUCUCCAAAGACUGGCAGAAAUGUAUUGAGCGGCAUACAUUCUCGAGUAUACUACUUACACCUGCUCGUCUCGAUGAGUUUGACCAGAUUAUUCGAGGUUCACGUCGAAAAUAUGUCCGUCUCAUCGCGCUUGACGUGGUUCUCGAUUCCUACGAUGAAGAGGCGUGCGGCAGAUAUGAGACUGAGGAAGAUCAGCAGAAAAAUAAUCGACUCUUCAUUCGAACACUUCAACGUCUUUUCCUGACCAUGAGCUCAUGGGAAGGUGUACAGGAAGCUGACUUGGGCAUUUACAUGAGUGUGAAAGUUUACUCACCUAGUGACCUCUCACGUCUAGGACAAGAGGAAGGCAGGACACGAAGGGCACUAAAGAAUAGAAUAGGAGGUGCAAACGACACUCUUGAUCGCAGGUUUGAUAAGUCGUAUCUACGCCUUGUCAACCCCAAGAAUGAUGGCAAGGCGUCUGCUCUGCCACAUUCUGUGUCUGCGAUCACUGAGAUUGAUAUCACAGCUGGAAAUUUACGUCACAUGUGCCCUGCAUCAUGUUCUCUCAUUCUCUCCAAACUGCCUGGACUCCGCACUUUCAAUGCGUAUUUAUGGGAUAAUGAAAGGAAAGACUUGGAUUUGCGGAAAAGGGCUCGACAUGAAUUUGCAAGCAGCAUCAAUCUUUGGCCGGCUUCAAUCAACAAGGUCGAUCUCCAAUAUUACAACGUAGGGCCAGCAGAUGAAACCUUUAUACCGCCAAAUAUUCUCCCCAGUUCCAGCAACCAAGAUCCCCUGAGCAGCAAUCUUCGAGCUUUCUCGCAGCAACUCACUGAUCUAACCCUUGCAGAUAUUACUAUUGGGGCCUAAUUUUUCUGGCCAUCAGCAGCGAGCCAAACCUCAGAUCCACUGUCACCCCACUGGCCCCACCUAACUUCAUUAAUAAUCAACUACACACCCAUCACCCCCUCCGGCCAAUGGCUUUUCGAACGCGAUCCAAACGAGGAAGAGGAAGAGAUUGAAUGGGGUGAAGACCCCGCGCUCUACAUGGAAGAAGAUGAGCUUCCAGCACCCCAAGACCAACGGGUACUCGAGCUCCCGCUUAAAUGCACGGCCCGCUUAAAUGCACGCC